ACAGCUAUUCAAAUAAGUUAUUGUUCCGAUUAGACUUAUCAGCCCGUCUAACCAAACCUCAUUCAAGUAUCAGCGAAUUAAGGAUUUUUGUAAGUUUCUUCAAAUUAUGAGAAACUGACCUGAAAAUAAACAAAGAAAACCCAGUAAUUCAAUCAAUUUCAUCACUUCGGCAUAGGUUUCUGUCAUUGAAUGACUCAUUUAUGUAAGAUAUUCCUUUACAUCGACUUACUAGUCGAUGUUUCCUUCGACCCGGAAAUACAAUGCCUCACAAAAGUAUUCACUGAGCUUUUUCCUUCAAUCAGCUGUUCUGUUUCCGACCUCAGAGGUUUGUUAGAGAACAUUAGAGAAUGAAGCAUCAUGAAGAACCCCAGCAGACAGGUUUAGGAAGAAAGCUGUGGAGAAGUUUAAAGCAGAGUGAGGUUCUAAAACAACAUCCAGAACUCUGAUCAGUCCAUCAUUUGAACAUGGAGGGAGGAUGGACCAACUGUAGACCUACCAGAACAUGAAUGUCCACCAAAACUGACAGGCUGGGCAAGGAGAGCAUUAAUGAUAGAAGCAGCGGUGAGGUUCAUGGUAACUGUGGAGGAGCUACAAAGAUCCACAGCUCAGGUGGUGGGACUGGGGAACCCAGGGAUGGAGGGUACCAGACACAGUGUUGGGAUGGCGGUCCUCGGAGCGUUCGCUGCCCGGCUCGGCGGGGCCGACUGUUGGCGCAGCGACCGUCACGUAGCUGGUGAGGUCAUCCUGUUGGAGGUCCAGCAGACCCGUGUGGUUCUGCUCCGUCCGAGGCUGCUGAUGAACGUCAACGGGGUGUCGGUGGCCAAAGCCGCUGGAAAAUAUGGCAUCAAACCUGAGGAUAUCCUGCUGGUCCACGAUGAAAUGGACAAACCUUUGGGGAAAAUCGCCCUCAAACAUGGAGGAAGUGCUAGAGGUCACAACGGAGUGCGCUCGUGUGUCGACUGUCUUCAGACCGAUGUGAUGCUCAGACUUCGUGUUGGGAUCGGCCGGCCGUCAUUGAAAACCUCCGUGGAUCGUCACGUCCUGAGUCGGUUUACUUCUGAGGAGCAGAAGGUCCUGGAAUCUGUUCUGGUCCAGAGUGUUGACCUCCUCAUCUCCCAGCUCUCUCAGUCAGACUCACCGCAGGACUCCCAGCCUGCCUCCUCACCAGCAGGGGGCAGACAAGCAGCACAGCGAAGAGAGGGAUGGUCUGAGAACUCCACAGCUGCUCAGAGCUGACUGUUGUUAUAGAAACAGCAGCUGGAAUCUAAAAUCUGAGCAGCUUCAACUUUGUUCUCUGACAGAAGCAAAGAAGCCACCUUUAAUCAGACAUAAAGUGGUGCAGCAGGAGGAGAUCAUGUCCAGAUCAAGCUGUCUGCUUGCAGGAGAACUUCCAGAGGGAUGAACCAUGAACUCUGAAUCUGCGUGGAGGAGAAAAAUCAUCAGAGAUCAUCAGUAGAUUGGUUCAUUCUAACUUUCUCCAUCUGAUGCUGUUUUGAUGAAAGAUGCACAAGGCGUUUGUGCAAAUGUUGACUAAUUUUUAUCUGGUUUAAAAAUGUAAACAUUAAAACUCUAGUUUUUUGUGUAAA